ACACGCUGUUCAUUUUGCAGUCAUUUACCAAAGUUAAAACGAAAUCGUUUCGGUGGACCUCGUACGGAACCGUAAUCAAACCUGGAAUUAGAAUAUUAUUCUUUGUAUAAAUUUUUCAGAAUCUUGAAUUGUAAUUUUCCCAAUUAGUUUACCUAACUUUUUUCUUUGAUUUUUUCAUUACAAUUUUGUAUUUCGGAAAGGGUUUGAAGUGAGGUAAAAAUGGCGGAAGCUUCUGAUGAUCAUCAGGUCUGCAGCCACUGCGAGAGAGCAAUUCCUUCUUCAAAUAUUGAUUUGCAUUUUGCACACUGCUCCCGGAAUCUAGAAAAAUGUAGAUUAUGUGGUGAUAUGGUUCCAAAAAAAUUUGCGGAGGAACAUUUUCUGAGCACUCAUGCUCCGGUAGCUUGUUCCCAGUGUAGUGAAACUAUGGAACGUGAUGUUUUAAAUUUUCAUAAAGGAGAAAAUUGCCCGCAAAGGAUUGUGACUUGUGAAUACUGUGAAUUUCCAUUGCCCGCAAUUGAUUUAUUGGAACAUCAGGAAGUAUGUGGGAACCGGACAGAGUUAUGCCAUCUCUGCCUCAAAUAUAUCAGACUCCGUGAGAAGAGUGGCCAUGAAAGCCACUGCAAUGGUCUUGUCAACGACAUUGCAGAAUCUUCAAGGAACACGAGGCCACCUGAAGGAGCUCAAGAAAGACCACCACCACGCGAGUUUUCACCAAGGCGCCUCCUUUUUUCCAUUGCAGUUACUGGCAUCGCUGUUCUGUUAGGUUCCCUUUUCUUCCAAAGGAAAAGAGAGCAAAAUCAAGUGCAUUAAUCCUAAAUAUUGCACCUAUCUGCGUUUGUUGUAUGCAGACAUUUUGUUUUAAUUGGAUUCGUUACAUGUGAAACACUGAUUCUGUCACUGUUUAUACGUUCCAAUGCAUAUGAAGCCGUGAUGAGAUGGAGCUGAGGAUCAAAAUUUGCUCGCGUAAA